UGAGAGGAGGCACCCGGCUGGCCUCCUCUGCUCCGAAACUCAUUAAACGCCGACGUAUUGACGUUUCGCGCGCGUAUCUCCGCUCGCAGCGGGUAAUCUCCGCAACGCUCGACAUCCGGACGCGUCGCUCUGUGUGCUGGUGUUCAUUCACAGUGAGAAUAGCCGAAAGUUAUCGGGCAGAGAACUGACAUCCGCUCGAAUUUCCACUCGUGCGAAACAGGUUGUCGCGGACAUUUAAACGUGGAAUUGCAGAUCGAAACUCAUAGGCUAUGAAGUUUCAUAUUCGGUGGUGGUAGAACGAACAAACGGUGACAGUGCGUUGAAGUGAAGAAGAAUGCAAAUCGAUAUUUCUCAGAAUAAUAUCUGACGUCCUUCUGAGCUGACUGUUUCGACGGAAGCCGCAGAGUUCGAGGAAAAUGUUUUGGCGGAAAAUGAGAGACUGAUUUGGCAGCUAAUGAUGUUACUCGUAUGUCGAUUUAAGCGCGAUGACGGAGGAUCCGAGCGCAUUGAUAGGCCUUCGAUAGCAACAGUGUGAUAGUUUUACGAUCGUGCUCGCGACAGAAGACUCGGACAUGUUAGGCCGAUGAAUGAGACUCGACACGAUAGUGCGACAAUCCUGCGUGAACAGUUUCCGAAGACAGAAGUGCGUGAGCGCGUCGAAAGGAUGCGCGGUAUUUGAAUAAAUUCGUCGCGGCCUCGACUGGCUGUUAAAAGCCAGCAUCGGGCAUCGAGUGUCUCGAGCAAUUUCGCUUUUUUUUCUAAUUUAGCCCUUUUCUUCGCCCGCGGUAUGUGUACCACGGAGAUGACGGAAACGUACACGAUGUCGCCGUCGACAACGGUAUCUUCCAGCGCGGCGACGCCCGGCUGCGUGAGCGGCUCACCGGCGCACCGACGGACGUCGUGCAGAGGCUCGCCGAGUCGAGGAGACGUCCAGGACGACGAGGACGUGAUCUCCGUGGGCUGUCCGAGCCCGCUGCCGUUAGUGCUAGUGACGCCUAACACGGAGGACGAAUCCAGGGAGGACUACGUUGAACGUCUGAGUCCUAGGAGAACGUAUCCGCGCGAUUCGAUAGCGGAGGAUGAAGAGAGAGAUUACUCCCGCAACGGCGAGUACAGGAUGUCGAACGGCAGGAGCAGCAGAACACGCGAGAGCGGCGAUUCGGUUACGACGCUCAGGGAUGAUGAGGAGGAGGACGAAGAGGAGGAGGAAGUGGACAGCAGGACCGGCAGCAACGGCGCGACAGCCGCCGGUACCACGGACGAUUAUUUCAAGCCGCUGAAGCGGCUCAAGAUGGUGCAGAUGCAGCAUUCGGACGAGGAGGAUGAAAGGGAGCGAGAGUCCAACGACCGCGGCGUUAAGUCUUUUAGCAUCCUGGAUAUCCUAUCGCACCGGCCGAAGGCGAAGAUCGUCCGUCCGUGGGACACGGUGGACUCCAACCUCGGCAGUCAGCACCGUCAUCACUUGCAGCAGCAGCAGCAGCAUCAUCAUCUGCACCACCAUCAUCACCACAGUAGUCAUCCGGGUCACGCGACCGGCCCCCGGGAUCUUUCGUUGAUGGGUAUGUCACUCGCGUCCAUGUCGAGCUCCAUCAGCGAACCGCCCCUGAGCAGUUCGUCGUCGUCCGGAAGGAGCUCCGUGUCGGAUUCCGGUAGCCCGGACCCGCUCGCCCAUCAUCACCAUCAUCACGCCGCGCUCCAUCACGCGGGCAUUCAUCCCGGUCUGCAUCAUCCGGCGCUGCAACAGCCGCAGCAGCAGCAGCAGCAGUUCAAAAGGAAAGCGCCGCAACAGCACGGCUCGCACGCCGGUCAAAACGGCAAGAGAACCACCGGGCAGGGCAGUCCCUUGGACGCUCUUUUCCAAAUGACCAGUAAAACCUUCGAUGCGGGCGAGCAUAGUCAGGAGCAAGCCAACCACUUGAACCUAUUCAAUAACCGUCAGCAGCCGAAGAAAAAGCGCAAGAGUCGAACCGCCUUCACGAAUCAACAGAUUUUCGAGCUGGAGAAGAGAUUUUUGUAUCAAAAGUACUUGAGCCCAGCCGACAGGGACGAGAUCGCCGCUCAGCUCGGUCUCAGCAAUGCCCAAGUGAUCACGUGGUUCCAAAAUAGGAGGGCGAAGCUCAAGAGGGACAUGGAGGAGCUUAAGAAGGAUGUGCAGACUGUGAAUCCACUUCUGGUCGCACAACAUCACAAGACUUUCCUGGAGAACGUGCAAGACUUGGGAAUCUUGAAAAAACGACCAUUGCCAAACUCUAUGGACGAGAAAUCGUAGAACGCUCGAAAUCGCCUCUUCGACUAUUCGUGUGCAAUCAAAAUUCCACGAAAGACAACAACUGAUAGUUAUUCGUACGACGAUACCAAGUAUCUUCGACCGAGUAAUGAUUGAAUCGUGACACACGAUGUCGUGUUAUGGCGCAUUAUUCGGCGUAGUUUCUUUUUUAUGUGCGACUCAAAUUUCUGGUGCAUUCUAAGUCCUUCCUAAGAAAAAUUCUACAAUAAUGGACAUCUCGGAUCUAACACUACUACAAUAUUCAACACUAUCUAUCUAAUAGUCUACUACGAUUCAAUCUUGAAGCUCAUUUUCUGAAAUUCUGUAAAGUUAAUUGUUGUUGCAUCCGCGGUAAGAAAAGUAUCCUGUAUUACGGUACAAAAAGCAGUAACGAUUCCAUAAACUGGAAAACGAUCCAAUAAAAACGAAAGAAAGCUGUCAUUCAAAAGUGUCAAGGGAGAUGUUGUUUUUGUCGGAAGUAAAAGUGGCGAUUUUACGUCGUAACUUACGGCUUUAAAUGGAAAGCGUAUGAUAGUCUGCUGCGAGUUUACGCGCGGAGCGCGGGAUGUAUUAUAAUGUAUUUAUUAUGAAAUUGAGAGAAAAUGUGAGAGAGAAUGAAUCGCGCGCGAGGAAACCAGGAUCGUCGAUAAUAAAUUAUUAAGUGAAUAUUAUUCCGUAAAUUAUAAAUAAUCACGCGCCAUCGUGUACAUAUAAUUGUAUAUACGUAGAUAUACAUCGUUCCCUUGAUAAUAUUACGUAUAGACAUACUCUUUAGAGUCGUUAUAUAUGAUUAGAAUAAAAACGAUCGUAAACAUAGAUGGGACACUGCAAUAUACCUGAUUAUAAAUUUAAUUAGUGAAUUUUAGGGGCGAGUAAGAUGUAUAUCUGCAUAUGGCGAUUCGUAAAGUGAUAGUGAGGUGCGUGAGAGUAAACUAGGAGCGCGUGUGUAAACCGACUUAGUACAGUGUAUA